AUGGAAGAAUUACAAUCAAUUGUUAAACAGAUACAUAUUCCUGAUACAUCGAUUGAAAUUCAACUACAAAUGGCUUCGAAGGUUCAAUUGUUAGACGCUUAUAUUGAAAAUAAAGAAGGUUUAUUAUAUAGUCGUGUUAAUCAUCAUCAUGGAGCACAACCUUAUACAUUACCAUAUGCUAUUGCUAAUUCAAAAGCAGCACAUAGUCAUUGGCUUCGAUCAUCACUCAUUAGAGCUGUUCGUUAUUGUACAUCUGUUAAACAUUUCAAUCGUGAAAGAAUUUAUCUCGAAAUAACAUGUUUAACAAAUGGUUAUUCAUUCAAAAUUUAUUGA